AUGCUAUUAAUUUUUGAACGUCGAAUUUCUAUUUCAAUUAAAACUGACAUAGAGCUUUCUUCUCCAGCGACCCAGUUCUGGCGUCAAAAAGUUCUAGAAGUGGCCAAGGACCACCGCGAUAUCACAUUUGCUAUUGCUAGCGAGAGUGACUUUGAGAAAGAGCUGAAAGACUUUGGUCUGGAUGACUCUGGAGAAGAGAUUAAUGUUGGCUGCUUUGAUGACAAGAACAGAAAAUACAGAAUGGAGCCGGAUGAGGAAUUCGAUGAAGAUAGCCUUCGCGAAUUUGUGGAAAACUUCAAGAACGGCAACAUUAAACCAAUUGUGAAAUCACAACCUGCACCAAAGAAGAACACUGGUCCUGUGACAGUCGUAGUAGGGGAUACAUUUGAAGAAAUCGUCAUGGAUCCUAAAAAAGAUGUUCUUCUCGAGCUGUAUGCUCCCUGGUGCGGCCACUGCAAGGCUCUUGAACCCGUCUACAAGAAAUUAGGUAAACAUUUUAAAGAUCAACCUAACAUAGUCAUCGCUAAAAUGGAUGCAACCGCUAACGACGCACCUCCAGAAUACGCCGCAGAGGGCUUCCCCACCAUCUUCUUUGCACCAGCUAACGACAAGAGGAACCCUAUCAAGUACGGCGAUGGUGAGCGAGAACUUAGCGACUUAGUGAAAUUUGUAGAGGAGAAGGCUACAGUUUCUUUGACAAAAGCUAAAGAGGAGCUUUAAAUUCUAGGUAGAAAACUCUUUUAGACUGUCGCUUUAUUUUAUAUUGCGAAAUAGACGUAACCAAAACAUUUUUGCAAGGUUGCGUUUUCGUGGACACGGAGAAGAGAAAGUAGAGAAUGUUAUUUUAAUGGCGUUUCCUGGCUAUUUUUGCAUAGGUCUUACCCAAUUCCACACAUCAGAAAAUAAAAUGCACUUUGUGCUGUAAGAGUUGGAAUUUCGAGGCACUCAGUGGAAAUAUAAAUUCUAUAUUUAACCUUUUAACCGCCAUGGGUGGCAAAGAAGGAAUUCCUCCUUAUACUAUCAAUACAAUAUCAAGCAGACAAGUGAUGAGAAUAAAGAGAAAUUUUAACUCAGA